CAGGUGUUCCAAUCCCCUCCCAAUCAUGUGAUUCAGGUGUUCCAAUCACCUCCCAAUCAUGUGAUUCAGGUGUUCCAAUCCCCUCCUAGUCAUGUGAUUCAGGUGUUCCAAUCCCCUCCCAAUCAUGUGAUUCAGGUGUUCCAAUCCCCUCCCAAUCAUGUGAUUCAGGUGUUCCAAUCCCCUCCCAAUCAUGUGAUUCAGGUGUUCCAAUCCCGUCCCAAUCAUGUGAUUCAGGUGUUCCAAUCCCCUCCCAAUCAUAGUCAAUAGCUAAAGACCUCCAAACUUGGUGUGGCCUUCAGAUGAGCCCAACAACAGUGCGUAGAGAGCUUCAUGGAAUGGGUUUCCAUGAC